AGACGGGGAACAUUUCACUUUCACUUAAUUAAUAGCCAGAGAUGACAUCCUGAUUGUGUUUCGUAGAUUGCACGAAGACAAUCAAACAAUACAUGGACACUACGGGCGCUGUGCCAGCCAUUUUCCUCCAAAUUUCUGUCAUGUCUCUAACACUGAAGGAGGCAUAAUGAAUAUGGAAGAUGAGAUGCUGCUCGUCUCAUCUCCUAGUCCCGGCUAUCAUGUUCCCGACCAUCUUCUUGAGAGCACAAGUUGUGCAAUAGAUGAAGACGAUAUGCUGCUGUUCUCUAAAUCAGCAGAUCCUCUAGUCAAGGGGUCUUUCGCUGAACCGGACCUCGAUGGACUUGAUGGUGAGCCUAAUCAGAGCGAAUCUUCGCGAAUGGACUUGGAUCCCAUAAUACAGCCUUUGGAUCUUCGCGAUGAAGCUCUUCUCCAUGUCUCCAACGAUGAUGCUCAGGGUGAACCUUUGCGGAUGGACUUGGAACCCGUGAUACACUCGUCGGAUCUCCCUGAUGACGCUGUUCCCCACGUCUCCAACGCUGAUGCUCAGGAUGAAUCACCGAUUUCGGACGACAAUUCAGACUCCGUUUGGAGCUCACAAAACACCUCUUCUUUUGCCUUUAGUCAGGACAAUGUCUAUCACGGAAGCAUCUGCAGCGAUGAAGAGGCUUUACUCUUCGAUUCCCCGAGUUCUUUCUUCUUGCAUUCCAAGUCUCCUGCUUCUGAAAAUAACGCUCAUUCGUAUGAAGCCUCCGAAAACCACCCCGAAAUUCAAAAUCUUCUACGGGCCAUGAAUCAAUCUCUAAAACUUUCUUUGGGGGUUACUGGCGGAAGCGUGGAGCAAUCGUUAUCAGUGUCAGAUGCUGCUAGCCCUGUGGAAACCGGCACUGCGAGCACCUUCUUGCAGCUGCAAGACGGGACUCAUGACCACGACGCUGUCGCGGAACGAAUACGCAGCGUGCUCAGUGGCGUCGCCCUCCAGAAUUCGAGAAGUGAAUCCCCUUCAAUAUUCCUAAAGAGCAGAAAGGAGCCUCAACAAGGAGACACAAACAACGCAGAUCCUCCAUCAGGCCUUGCCAAUCAAUUGUCAUACAGAACAAUAUGUCUACGCACAUCUUCGCUUCCUAGAACGGAAAGAUUUGUCACAUUAGUGCUGGUACUCUCGCAAAUCUUAAUGUGCAUACAGGGCAAUAUCGUCCUGUCGAAAAGAGACAUCUACUACCGACAUCCGGACAUCUUCCGAACUCAAUCCACCGUGGAUCGUAUCAUCGACGAUGUAUCAUUCUCUCUGGACGUCCCUCGACACUUGUUGCAUAUUACUGCCGCAGCCAAAGGUCUGGCUCUUGGAGCUUGCAGACUCGAAAGCGGCUUCGGAAGCAGUUCGAAAUUUUCCAAUAAAGAGGGCACCUUGCUCCACCGAGUCAAAGACAACGAGGGGCUGUAUUGCCCCGAUGUUAAGUGGAUCAUUGUUGUUGAGAAAGAGGCUUCCUUUCGUUCACUGGCAGAGUCAUGGCUGGGGUCUAUAGCAAUCCAGGAAGGGCUAAUCAUAACCGCCAAGGGCUAUCCGGACAUCGCCACUCGAUCAUUCCUUCGGAAAGUAGUGGAUGUCAAAAGUCAGUGCGGAGAUGGCACCGUGCCAACGUAUGCCCUUGUCGAUUUCGAUCCCGAUGGCAUAUCGAUAUACCUGACCUACAAGUACGGCUCUCGAGCUCUUUCUCAUCUCAACAGUGAGCUCAACGUAGCAUCUCUACGAUGGAUGGGGCCGACGGGUAGCGAUGUCGUCGCGUCAGGCGCCGAGCAUGGUGACGAUCUGCUCAGCCUCACAGAACGCGACCGACGAAGAGUGAGGUGUCUAUUGGGGCGAAAAGAGCUUGACCAAGACAAUACCGAGCAGGAUCUGAGGAGAGAGUUGCAGGUUAUGUUGCUCCUCAACGUGAAGGCCGAGAUACAAUGCUUAGAUCGUGGGCACAAGGGGGUUGCUAAUUGGGUAUCAGAGCGCAUGAAGCAGCGAUAAAAUACCAUCAACCAAUAUUGAAUGCUCUCAAGUUAACCCUUGGCACGAAUCAGCUCACCACAUAGGGCGUCGAACUCCAUCUGGUCGGCGGCUGCAGCCGCACGUAUCUUCCGCUGUUGAGAUACCUCAGCGGGUGACCAAGUAGCGUUAAAUCUUUCGACUCCAUCGACAACAUAACCU